AUGUCAUAUUAUCAAGGCGACAUGAUGGGCUUCCCAUCCUUCAUGCGCGGCGCCCCUCCGGUCGGCAUGUCCAUGAGGCGCUUUGACGAAUACUACAGAUGCUACCCCGUUGUCAUGAUGAGUGGUCCCGACAGGAAGAACGUCAACUAUGGCGGCAAGGUGUUCCUACCACCUUCAGCACUUGACAAGCUCACAAGACUUCACAUUUCAUAUCCUAUGCUUUUCGAGCUGAUCAACGGCAAUGCUGGCAGGACUACACAUGCAGGUGUUCUGGAAUUUGUUGCUGAGGAAGGAAGAAUAUAUCUGCCACAAUGGUUGAUGAAAACUCUCGAACUCGAUCCUGGUGACCUGCUUCAGAUCCGAUCUACCGACCUGCCUCCUGGAAAAUUCAUCAAACUCCAGCCUCAAUCACCUGCCUUCCUCGAUAUCUCCGAUCCUCGGGCUGUCCUUGAGAAUGCGUUUCGAAACUUCGCUUGCCUGAGCAAAGGCGACGUCUUUACCUUUGAAUAUAAUGAUCAAACAUACGAUAUUGCUGUGCUGGAAAUCAAGCCGGACACAGACGCUCAUGCUAUCGUGACCAUGGAAACGGAUUUGGAGGUCGACUUUGCCACACCUGUUGGCUACGUACCGCCCGAGCGAACCAGUGGCACCAGCACGCCGAGAAGCGGUGUUGGCAAACCUCGUGGGGGCCCACUCCAUUUCCAAGGCACCAUGGCACAAUCGAUCAAUUACGAGAGCAUAGCACCGACAUCGACCAGCGCUGCAGCCGGUGCUAAGGCUGUCUCAUCGCAUUUUCUUUCAACUGGACACAAGCUAAGCUCCAAAAAGAGCUCGAAAGCGCCAACGCCCAGUUCAUCGACGCCAGUCGGGGGCAUGUCUACAAAUGAGCCGAAGCAGCUUGCGUCCCGCCGCACGAACGGCCCGCAACCAUUGAGACUGCCGCCUGGAAAACUGUUCUUUGGCUAUGAAUUGAAGCCAUUGCGCAAGAAAGAUGAGAGUGGCGAGCCUGUGACGGGCGAUGAGGUCAAGCCGCGAUUCCAAGGGCAAGGUCAAACAUUGCGGGCGAAGAAGAGACUGGCAGGAACGGACAGUGGUACCGGUAGUGCUGUAAACAGUGAUGUUGAAGCGAAACCCAAGGAUACUGGCAAAGGACGACGGUAG